AUGGACGUCCACGCCUGGCCUAGCGUGGUGCAAAAGGUAUCGUGGCCUAAGGACGGCGUCACGUACACAUUUGAGCACAGAGGAUACAUCCGACCUGAGAAGUUGGAAUACUGGUUAACAACAUUGUUUGGACCACAGAGGGCUAAAUACAUGCUAUUCAAUCAGCGGCUAUACGUCAAGUCACCCAGACAGCCCACACCGGCAGAGAAAGAAUGGAUGAUGGAUUCGGACCCUGCGAGCAGUGUGGAAGUUGAGGGGUUUGGCUUGAUAACUUUGCCAAAGAAGAAUGGCUGA